AUGACAACAACAAAGUGUUGCCAAAACAGUACAUGGAGGACUUCCAACGACGUCGCCAGGAUGCUGCAGGGACAGAGGUGCUGGAGCCAGAUAGUUCUGAGGCCAAGGACCUUUUGCCGGUGUCGUUGGAGAAACGCUAUGUGCCUCGGAAUGCAAGAGUUGGACUAUUUGGUUCAGCACACGUUGCGACAUGUGCAGCUGCCCUACUUUUUGGAUGAUGAUGAGAAGAAGGCCUUUGACCAGGCUAUCAGUGAGGUCGUAUUCCUUCUUGGCAGAUCGGGAAGCGGCAAAACGAGUGUGCUGGUCCACAGCCUGUUCCGUACUGCAUGCCAAGAACGCCAGCGUCGGGCUGAUGGUGGUGAAGACGAUGAUGCGUUUUUGAUGCUGUUGGUAACACGAUCUCCGGUCCUGGCAGACUCCAUCCGAAAGCUUUUCGCGCAGAUGCAAGCUGGACCAGCUGGAGGUUCCACGGCGGACGAGACCAAUACCUUGGAGGACCUGGCAGGCAUCGAGCUGGGUGUGGUCAAGGAGGAGGAGCGGCGUCAGUUCCGACCUCCUCCCCAGAGCUUGCAAGAAGAUGUUUUCGACCCGGCUGAGUCUCCAGUCAUCACCAGCUGGGAGUCUUUGUUGCUCAUGCUUGACAGGUCCAUAGAAGGUGAGCCCUUCUUCCGUCCGCAAACGGACUCUGGAAGCCGCGUGACGCGAGCUUUGCAACGACGAGGACAGAGAAGCGGGGGAUCAAUGACUUUGCGUGGUCAAGAUCGCUUUGAGAACGAAAAGGAGGAGGGCCGAUUUGACAUGGAGUGGGAUCACCUCAGCUACGAAGAGUUCGAGGAGAAGUGUGGGCCAAAGCUUUGGGGUGCUGGCUGCCUUGACAAAAAGGAGGACAGUCUCUUUGGCGCCUACCGUGAGUUUUUGACCGUCAUCGCUGGGAGCCCCCGUGCAGCACGGUCUGCGGCGGGAUGCCUCAGCAAGGAGGAGUAUGUAACUGGCAAGGGGCCGGAUGGAAAGAGCUUGCCUGAGAUCAAAGACUCCUCAUACAAAAACUCUGAACUGGGCCGGCAACGAGUGUAUGGAGCCUUUGAAGUGUACAAGAAGUUCAAGCAGGAGCUCCAUCGCUACGACUGUACAGAUGUGGCUCGUGAUCUCCUCAAGCGAGCGCAGGCAGCACAGAGAUUGAAAGAUGGCGGCAAAAAGAUCCGGAAGUUUUUUGGAGUUUACGUUGAUGAAGUCCAGGACUUGUUGCCGGUGGAGCUGCUACUCCUGAAACUCGUGAGCGAUCGGAACGAAGGCUUCAUCUUUGCGGGCGACACAGCACAAACCAUCAGCAAAGGUGUGGAGUUCCGAUUUGAAAGCAUCCGACGCCUCUACUACGAGGAGUUUUGUGGAGGGAAGCAGCAUGAAUCAGAAGUCGUCAAUGUGAAGGUAGAGACAUGCUCGAUUUGUCAAACGGAGUUGCGCAACGGGGGCAGUCACUACGUUUGCAUGGGAAAGUAUCACGAGUAUUUCAUCUGUAAAAAUGGCUGCGAAGAGAAGUUGGAGGAGAAGUCUCGGAAGCUCCGCUACGGUGCCACCCCGGGCCUUCGAAAGAAGUUAGACUCGGCUGGUGCCGGGAAGAUCAACUGCCCUUUCGGGCAGGAGACUGGAAAUCCCUGUGGAUUGAUGCUGACGAAAUCGAAAGUUGGCGCUGUUUCGUUUGAGGAGGAGCCUUCGUCCAGCCAAAGAGAGCUGCCACAGCAGCUGGCACAGAUCCCAGACAUCACAUGCCUGUCGCAGAAUCACAGGAGUACCAACUCGAUCCUGGAAUUGGCAGCGGCAAUCCUGGACCUCAUCACUCACUUCUUCCCGGACAAGAUCGACAAAUUACCCAGGGAGAAAUCGAGGGUGAAGUCGAGCACGCCGCCCCGUAUCCUAAACAAGAUGUCUUGGGAAGAGGCGCAGAAGAUCAUUUUCGCCAACGACAGCUCAGAGAGAGCGGUCCUAGAGUUUGGAGCCAAGCAGGUGGUGCUUGUGUGGUCCGAAGAGAAGAAGCGGGAGAUGAAGGAAAAACUCACACAGUCGUUGGUGAUGACAAUCCACGAAUGCAAAGGUUUGGAGUUCUUCGAUGUCUUGCUGGUAGACCCCUUCAGCGACAUGAGUGGGUGCACCAACGAGUCACAGGCGCAGCAAAACUGGAACCUCAUCUUUGGCGUGUUUGAGAAGUUUGGCCUUCAGGUCUGCACAAACGAAAAGAAGAGGGCCCCAGCUUUCGUGGACGACAAACAUGGCUUGUUGUGCGCGUGGCUGAAGACUCUCUACGUUGGCAUCACACGUGCGAGGAAACGCGUGUGGAUUCUCGAAAGCCAAGAGCACGGCCAGUCACUGGUCCGCUUUUUGCAGGAGAUGGGUGUGGCCCAAAUCUGCAACGUUGGUGACGAUUUGGCAGGCUCACAGGGCUUUGCUGCGACUUCUACCAGCCAAGAAUGGUUUGAUAUGGGCCUGCAGAUGUUUCGUGAGUCUGGCAAUUACGAGCAGGCCAAGGUGGCUUUUGGGAAUGCUGAGAAAGCAAACUUUAUCCAGGCAACCCCGUGGAAGCUGUUGGCCGAAGCAGAGGAAUGCCGGAAACCUGCUCGGAUGGAUCACAGUCAGGCCGGUGCUGCGUAUGUGCGGUUGGCCGAGUGGCUGGAGAACGCCCUGGGAUCUAGUCAGCGGCAAGUGCAAGACGCUGCGAAGGAGGUGGGCGUGGAGGAGAAGAACCUCCGACCAAGUGAAGCGCGGCAGCGCGCAGCUGAGGGCUUUAUGGAAGCUAUGGACUGGUCACAGGCCAGCCGCGAGUUCGAAAAGGCCGGUUGCUUCUCUGAUGCAGCUGAAUGUGCUGAUGCACUGCAAAACUGGAAACAUGCGGGCAAGUUGUGGCGAAUGGCUGGCGAGGAUGAGCGUGCGCUUAAACGCUUCCAUCGAGCCGAAGCAUGGAACGACUUCGUGGAGGUAGCUGAGCAGGUGCCUGUGGAUGGGAAGCUUUCAGCGGAGGUCAAGGUGGAGCUAAUCACGCAUGCGUGCCGUGAAAUGGCAAAUCACUUGAAAAAGAACGGCCGGAGGAAACAGGACAAAGAGUCGAAGUCUACACUGAUAUGCUGCAUCCGCCUGCUCCCUGAGGAAGACCGGGAAGUCUUCUUAGAGACCCUGCAAUGGCAAGAGUUAACGAUGCAGGUAUACGAAGCAGACAAGCGCUACGAGAAGUGUGCGGCGAUCUCUUUGGAGAUCCGCGACUGGAAGAAGGCAAGGCAGCAAGGCCAAGCAAACCAGUGA